AUGGAACAUAGAUGUGUAAUCUGCACUUAUACUCCAAACAUCAGAAUAAAUAACCUAGAUUACUGCAACACAUGUUUUGAAAGGCAGCUUCUCCACAAAGUCUUCAAACACUUCAAGAAGCUUCCGUUUGGAAGCAGGAUAUUGCUCUAUUUUGAUGGAACAUUUUCGUCCUUGGCGAUGGCACAUGCUAUUAGCAGACUAAAGAACAGAAAUAUACACAAGUUCGUCGUAGCCUCUAGAUCCUGGCCUGAACAUAGGGAUUUCCUCAAAGACAUUGGGUUUUCCUGCCAUGUAGACCUUCAGCCUGAAUCUGAUGUUUCCAAUGCCGGCCUUUGCCGCAGCAAGAUAGAUCCGAUUCCUAAGGAGGUCAUUGAAGUAGGCCGAUCUUUGGGAUUUGAUACUGUUGUGUUCCAGGCGGAUGCAGAGAUGGAAUCUGUGAUAGCUCUCAGAUCGGUUUGUGAUGGAUGUGGAGUACUGGAGACAAUCGAGUCGUACGUCUCUGGUAUCAGUGGGGUCAGAGUUGAGAAUGCAUUCGGCAGAAUCAAGCCAAAGGAAGUAAGAUAUUAUUGCUAUCUUAAUAAGAUAGCUGGAAGCUUUACAAAGCUUGGAAUGUCUAGCAAAGAGUUAGUUCUUUCAAGGUUUAUCAGCAAAAUGGAGAGCAAGAAUAGCCUUGUGGUGUUCAAUAUUCUGAACACCGUUAAGAAGAUUGUGGCAGGCAAAGAUGGGAUUGAUACUUCUGACUGA